GCCUUCUGGGUCCAACAUUGUCCAACAACCCAGAACUGCAUUGAUAUUUUUUGUGGUGGCCUCUACAGUGAACUAGCAACUGGUGAUGUGAAGGUUCGGGCUUGAUGUACAAGUGCCCAGCUUAAUGUACAAGUGACCAAGUGCCUCAGUUUGCUGUUGUGCUCCGGGCAGAUGAAUUCUUGAGCAAGGCCUUUGGAUCAGAGUUCCCACUCUUUGGCAUGCACAAGGAAGCUAGCAUCAGCAUCACACCUUAGGAAUUACUGUACGUACUUCUGGAGGCUAGAAAGCGCAAUGAGCCCUUUUGCAUUACACUGUCCACCUUUCUGUGGGGCUCAUCUCAGUUGAAAUAGGGGCAAGUUUUAGCCGCAGCACUGAGCUUUUGCUGUGAACAUAUGGUUGAUUGGAAUGCGGCGGUGUCCCAACUUAGCCUAAUCUGAACACACUCCAAAGCUGGUCAAUUCCACUUACUAGGUGUUGGAAAGGAAGGGCCUGCAUGGUGGAGGGUUCUGUCGCACGGAACGGUGUUCAAGGUUGCCUGGAAAGUCCUUCCAUGCACCCCCUGAGCGCUUCGUGUGAUUCAUGUCUUUGAGCGCUUUGCCUGCCGCCUUCUGCUUAGCCUGCCGAUGUGCUGCGACUUCACGGACGACUGGAAGGUGUGCAGUCGCAGACAAGUGGCUGAUGAGUGUGAGACACUCAAAAAAGACCUGGGCCAAGCAAAUCCAAUCAAAUCCAACACUCAACAGCGGUGCUCCAACUGGGUCCAUGCUGUUGAGAAAUUCGAAGCGACAAAGUCGAGCGAGUGCCACCGCAUGUGGUGCUUCGAGCAGUUGCUUCGAGCGCAAAAUGGCUUUUUCCGAGUGCUCACUUCCAAUGUUAGAUUAAAAAUAUAUAGAUUUAUAUCCCCGGUCGAGACUGUUGCUGGAUCUGAUGGCCGUUUUGCUGAGGAUUCCGGUGCCGAGGGCUUUUGUGGCGUGGACCGCAGCCCGCAAGAGGGCGUUUGGUGCGAAGGCGAACAGCAACAAGUGCCAGUUUGUGGGAUGUGCGGCAUUCUGUCGGAUGCGACGUACCCCGAGCAAGUCACUCUCGCGGCUUCUUCAAGGGACAGCUUGCCAUGAGGAAACAAGUGUGAGCGAAACCACUGGCUGCCAAGCCAUGCUGAGGAAGCGGCGAGCUGAUUCCGAGUUAGGCGGGUGUUUGACCAUCACCCGGUAUUGAGUGAUCAAAUUCUUGUUCCUGUAGUUCUAUGACUUAAGACAUUCUAAGAGUACACAAGCCCAGCAACUUGGUUGGACAGAGGUUUGUGUGGCACAAAAGUUGCUGGGUGAUGACUGGUUGGAGGUCACUCGAACAAAUUG